UUUACAGAGAAGUAGGGGAUGCUGCCAAUUCUUUUCUCACCAUUCCGGCACUGCUCAGCUUCACAAAAGUGGAUCCCAUCAGGAACACAUAUGAAUGAGUGGAUGUGGGGAACGCCAUCCUGAAAUUUAGAGCAGACAUCCACCCGGGGCUCGCCCUGCGCAGCCGGGAAACCAAAAUGCCGGCGGGAUCUGCUUGGUGGCACCCUGCGCUGCUCUUGGCUCUCUCCUGCGUGCCCCUGUGGGCCGCUGAGAUUUCCUGCAGGAAUGAAGACGGGGAGACGGUGGAUUGGUUUGCUCUUUACAAGCUGCCGAAGCAUGCCAAAGGACAGAUUCCCAAGCUGGGACUGGAAUACCUGUACAUGGAUGCCCUGGCUCCACAGUGGCAGCUUGGAAAAUACCUCAUCAACAUGACCCAGAGUGCUCUAGGACAAACACUGCAGCAGCUCUAUGAGACAUAUGAAUCCAAGAGGAACACCACUGCAUAUGUGAUAUACAACGAUGAGGUGCCUGAGUCAGACUCCAAAGGGUCGAAAUGUGGACACACCAAAGGAUUUCUGCUCUUGGAUAAAUCACAAGGCUUCUGGGUGAUUCACAGUGUGCCCCUGUUCCCUCCCAUCCCUGAGGAUGGUUAUGGAUAUCCAUCUACUGGGGAGUCCUAUGGACAGACAGCCAUCUGUAUAACCUUCAAAUAUGAUCAGUUCACAGAAAUAGACCAACAGAUGCUGAGUUAUAAUCCAGGAACCUACAGCUGUUCCAUCCCUGACAUCUUCCAAGCUGAUCUCCCAAAUCUCCAGAAACUCUGUGCAAAGUCCAGGCUGCCCCCGGCCCCCUUGCGCCACCUGGCCAAGCUCCAGUCAGCUUGUGGGGAAACCUUUCUCCACUUUGCAAAGUCACACUUUUUCAUAGAUGAUAUCUAUGUGGCCUGGAUGGCUCAGGAACUGAAGACUGAUUUGUUGGCUGAAUCCUGGCAGCGUUCUGGUGAAAAACUGUACUCAAAUUGCUCUCUUGACUACCACGUCUACAACAUAGACAUGAUAGGGAUGCCAUUGAACUCUACCUUUCAUUCCAUUAAUGAUCAUUCCAAAUGGGCUGUUUCAAGGAAAUACAAAGAUCAGUGGACAUGCAUUGGGGACUUGAACCGUGCUGCUGAGCAAGCUUGGAGAAGUGGUGGGUUCAUCUGUACCCAGAACGAACAGAUCUACAAAGCCUUCAGGCAUUUGGUAGUCCACUAUGAAAGCUGCACUUCUGCUCCCAGAGAGCUGUAGCAAACCAUUCCUCCCAACCAACACAGCCCUUGUUAUGUGGGAAGUGUAGGAAAUCUCUCUCUCUCUGAACUGUAUUUUCACUCUGAAAAGCAGCCCUGUGAGUUUCCAGAUGUGCUAGGCCAUCCCCUUGUAAGCUGUAGGAGCAGCUGCUGGGCAGGUGAAGGGCAGCUGUGGUGUGGGGCCCUCAGGGGGUGUGUGCUGGGCCCUGCUCCACUCCCUGGCUCCUGUCACCAUCCGGGAUGGGAUGGGAUGGGAUGGGAUGGGAUGGGAUGGGAGGCACCCUGCUGCACGGGGCUGCACCAAAGCACAUCUCUGAACACCCUGCACAGGCAUCCCUGGGCACCUUGGGAGUGGGGCUGAACCUGGGAUAGGAGGGAAAACAGAAACCUCUCUCAUGAGCUGGGCUGUCAGCACUGGCAGGUAGCAAGGGAUAAGUACCCCCAAGUACUUCAAAAUUGCCCUGGAUUUCUGGCACUGUUGAGAUAAAUCACAGCAUUUCUGCUCAGCUUUGGCUGAAUCUCUAAAAGAGCUGAGAAAAUUAGAUCCAGACCGGGAGGUGAGUAGAUCUGAGGACAGGAAGGCCUCAUUUUUAUAUGAUUCAUUUUUAGAGAAUUAAUGAACUUUAAAUCACCUUUUAAUUAUCUGUAACCAAUAGCUUGGGAAUAUUUCUAGUGCUUUUAUUCAUGUACAGCAAUUUUAUAAACAAAUAAACAUGUCCAAAAUAUGAAUAAACAAAAUGAGGAGUAACAAUGGUCUGUUUACAUUCUCUCUCUUCCAUCUGUAUUUGUGGUUAGUUACAAUGUUUUAUAGCUGCCAAAGGAAAAAUUGAGACAAUGAGGAAAAAAUAUAAAGAGAAGAAUAUAUUUGAAGAAAGAUAUUUAACCUAUAUUUUUGUAUUUAACCUACAUUUUUGCAUUACAACAAAUGUGGCUUUGAUUUU